AUGGUUCGACGUCGUAUGGCAGCCCCGAAACCGUCACCCCCGGUACGAAGCGUAUCGAGACAACAGGCUAGCUCUGGGAGCUAUGCUGCACCUCAGUCAACUGCAACUCAUUCAACUCCGAUGGGGGGUUCAGUUUAUGGUGCGCCCCGGCCAGCAGGAAUGACAAUGGCUGCACCAACUGAGUCUCGUGGACCGAGCCUUAUGGGUCAGAUGGCUGCAACUGCGGGGGGUGUCGCUAUUGGGUCUGCAGUGGGACAUGCUGUUGGUAACAUGAUUAGUGGAGGUGGUGGCAGCUCUAGGGCCGAUGAACCACCUGCACCUGCAGGUACUGCUGCUGCUCCAGCAAAUGUUACAAACGCUCAACCUCUAACAACGCCUUGCGAGUUUGAAUGGAAGCAGUUUGUAGAAUGUUCGCAGACUCAAUCAGAUAUCAGCUUGUGCCAGAGUUUGAGUGAAGCAUUUAAACAGUGCCAGGCCCGUUACACCUGA